AUGUACAGUAUUCCGUUUUUUGAAACACCCAUUGAACCGACUUCUGCACGCCUCAACCGGCAUGCGGAUGCAACUCCGAUAGAAUUGUUCUUUGACCUGUUUUUCGUGGCGAAUCUGUCUACGUUCACGGCUACACAUGAAAUUUACAAUGUAGAAGCUUUAGGAGCGUACACGGGCUUUCUCGGGGUGAUCUGGUUUACCUGGCUUCAGGUGACACUAUACGAUGUCCGAUUCGCUCGAGACUCGGUCUUUGAGCGGUUUUGCAAGGCUGUGCAAUUGGCUGCAAUGGUUGGAUUUGCAUCUGCGGGCACGCGAUUCACCACGCGUGUUCGGGAUGAGAACGUUUGGGCUUUCCAGUCACUGAGUCUACUCCUGGGUGGCAGUCGAAUUUUACUGGCUCUUCAAUACACCGUCAAUAUCCUUUUCGUCCGCCAGCACAUGAGACAUGCUGCUAGAGGAGUCUUCAUCAUCGCCACGACUUUAUUUGUCACCAGCUUGAUCUAUCUGGGGAUGUUUUUCACAUUCAAGGCGCAACUCGGUGUCCACCCCUAUAUAUGGACUGUUUGGUUUGCUUUGUUCGGCCUGGAAAUGUGGGUUGUCAUGGGAGUUUCCUGUGUUACCCAAGGGAUUGGGCUUCAAGACACUCACCUGAAUGUGCGGAUGGGGCUCCUCACACUCAUCAUCAUAGGAGAAGGUGUAAUCUCGAUUACAAGGAUUGUUAACAAAACGGUUCGGCCAGGGGGCUGGACCAAAUGGUCGUUUGUCCAUAUCUUGGGUGUUACGACUAAUGUGUAUCUUCUUUGGCAAGCAUACUAUGACCUUUCCCCAAGCAUGCUUGGAAAAUAUGCACAGCAGAUCUGGGCCCAGUUACAUUUUCCAUUCCACGUGGCUCUCAUUCUUCUCCUUGAGGGGUCACAGAUUCUCGCCCUCACGCUGGAUAUUUCGUUGAAAUUGACCUAUCUUCUCGAAACCAUUAUGUUUGCCUGCGAAGAGCCACGCCCAAAACCCGAUGUUGCCAUCCACCUCCUUCGGACCACCAUUGCUGAUAUGGAAAUCGACUAUAGUCGUGGUUCGAUCAACGCCAAAAUGGCGAUUUCCGACAUUCUAGAAGAUUUGCCUAAUCAUCCCCUAUGCCCUGUGAUCGCCAAUGUGGGCCAGACCGUCAAUGUGGGAGAGACCGCCAGGUACUACGUAACUCGCAACCGCAUGGGUGCACUGGUUGGAAAUGUAACGGCCGCUUUAUUUUCUAGUAUGGGCAUUGUGCCGUCCGAAGACCCAAAGUUUAACCUCAGUGGACCUCAGCUUCUCAGAACGUAUGUGGAGGUCCUAGGAUUCGUCUACGUCUACUUCUUUGUCGUUGCGUCGCUCGUGAUGUUCAUUUUCGCCGCAUUCCUGCUACUAGCGCGUCGCCGGCACCAGAGUCGCUUCAGCAUUGGGAUUGGAGCAGCAGCUCGGGUCUUUCUAGGAGUGUUCUUGGCCGGCCUGCUAUCUUUUGUCCGAGAUUUCUCGCUGGUGUAUUCUUUCAUGACGUCUCCGGCGAUCCUCUACGCAUUCACCUUCACGUUGCUGACGGUUCUUCUGGUUGACCGACUUUUGGAUCACUACGGAGGCGCAGCAGGCUCCCGCCGGGCGCAGGAAAGCGACGUGACAAUAUUGGAUGCCAGUUCCGGCAUGGUCAUCGAUGCCCAUUCGUAUUGCGGAUCCAUGGAUGAAAAGAAAGAUCCACCGGUUCUAGGGGGAAAGGGUGGCGAUGGCAGCAACAGGGUCAUUUCAUUGCAUGAGCGUGGAGACACAUCCCAGCAGCAAAUAUAG